AUGUCGCACAUCGCGAGGCUAAGAGAAGAGUUCGACGCCAAGGAGCACGAGCUUCAAGAGCGUGAGCAGACAAUCGCGUCGAUCAGGCAGGUGACAACGGAGCUCGAACAGCAGAAGAAAAAGCUCGGCGAGAAAAUCAUCUCACUUGACAAUCAACAACGUGAGAUUCUAGUCCUGCAAGACCGUCUUGAUGCGCUUCUCUCGCUCGAGCCCACCAUCGAUGCCGCCAUGCGUACGAAAUCGAACACUGAGGAUGUUGUCAAGCAUGUCGUAGAGAAUGCCAUCCGAUCCGAUCACAUGACUGCCAGCGAGAUCGUACAGAGCACACUCAACACAGCCAUGGGUUUCAAUGGUCGCACCCGCAGUGACAACCUCGACGAUAUUUUUAUCGACUUGAUCGACGGGGACGACAGCCUCAAAGCAGCUAUCGAGUCGGCUAUGGAGAGCGGCAAGCGCCCGAGGGGAGCCAAGCUCGACAAGCUGCAGUUAGUAACAUCAUCAUUCCUCAACGACAGCGAUGAGUAUGGGGCUUACAAGUUAUUGCACAGGAUCAGCGACGAUCACGACGCGAUCGCCGUCGUCAGGCCCAGAUGGACGCAGAACACGGUGACAUUAGCGAAGAGUCGUGCUAAACUGCCGGCAGAGUCCGGUAGAUUUAGUGAGGAGGUUCCCGGAAUCUCAUCCUACCUCGUCUUUGAUCAAUUUUCUGCCCUGGACGACGCCUACAGCUUGGCUAGACAGCACGCGAGAGCAAAGCUUGAAGCGCUUGACAAUGACGAGGAUUGA